CCUGAUGAGCUCGCUCUCUCUCUCACUCUGCUAAGAGGCCAGCCGGCAGUUCAGGGGAGAGGGCUCGCUCCUCACUCACUCUCUCCCUCUCUCCAUCACUCCCUCUCUCCCCCUCUCCCCCUCUCCGCUUUACGGCUGCUGAAAACCCCAUGCAGAGCUCAGCAGCCGUACCGCAGACAAGCCCGCUCCUGCCAAGAGAAAGCUGAAAACAACAACAACAAACAGAAUCUCAGAAUUGGAAGAACGAUUUGGGGCCAACCCACGCCUGAACAGGAGUUUCCAUCUUCCACGUCACCAAUAAGUGACCAUCCAGCCUCAACUUCAAAGGUCAGCCUAGCCAAGAUCAAGGAGACGCAGUAACGGAAGGCUGGCACCAGGUGAUGGUUUCUUUUGACCAUGGCAACUCAUGAAGCCAUCUAUUAAGGUCUGGAGGGGUUGUGAUCGCCAUCUGUGGAAGGGCAUACUCCUCCUACUGAGGAAAUCACCCACCUGUUGAAAUAUCAAAUGUGUUAGUUGAGAACUGCAAAGACAAGGAAAUAAAUAUGCCUGAAUGAAACAGCGGUCUGUGAGAGAUGCCCUUUGCUGUCUUGGCCUCAAGGUAAAAAGAUGGCCUAUCAAAAGGUGAAUGCAGAUCAGAGAGCCCCCGGACAUUCUCAGUACUUAGACAACGAUGACCUUCAGGCCACUGCCCUUGACCUGGAAUGGGACAUGGAACAGGAGUUGGAGGAGCCUGGCUUUGACCGUUUUCAGCUUGAUGGUGCUGAGAACCAGAAUUUGGGGAAUUCAGAAACUGGGGACCUGGAUCUCGAUUCCAUUCAGCCAGCCACAUCCCCCAAAGGAAGGUUCCAGAGACUUCAGGAGGACUCAGACUACGUGAGCCGUUACCCAAGGACCACACCAAAGAAUAGCUACUGUAAUAUUUUCCGCUUCUCCAAAAUCUUUUGCACUCUGACCCUCUUAUUUAUUUUGGGGAUUGUGAUUGGAUAUUAUGCACAUACAAAAUGCCCCUCCCAGGAUCCUUCUCCAAGAAUGUCAGAUCCUCAGCUGUACCAGGAUAUCCUCAAAGAGAUCAAAGCAGAAGAUAUCAAGAAGCUUUUCAGGCAUUUGAUACAAUUGUCUAAAAGCGAAGAUGACACAGAAUUUGCAGAGAAGCUCAAGGUUCAGUGGACUUCUCAUGGUCUAGAAGAAGUACAGCUUUUCAAUUACUCUGUCCUGCUUAGCUUGCCGGGGUCUUCUCCAAACACGGUGACUCUGAAGGACAGCAGCCAAUGCUUUUAUCCUAAUGGCCAGCCAUGUGACCAAGAGCCCAGAAAGGAUCCCAGCCAAGGACUGCUGUACUCAUAUGCUGCCUACUCUGCCAGAGGAACUCUCGAGGCAGAAGUCAUUGACGUGAGGUACGGGACUGUAGAAGAUGUGAGCCGGGUUCGAGUGAUGAAAAAUGUGACCAAUAGGAUUGCCUUGUUAAAACUAGGAAAACUCCCUUUACUCUACAAGCUUUCGCUGCUGGAAAAAGCUGGGUUUGGAGGCGUUCUUCUUUAUGUUGAUCCUUGCGAUUUACCAAAGACUACCAACCUUAGCCACGGCCCCUUCAUGGUUUCACUGAAUCCUGGAGGAGAUCCUUCGACACCUGGUUAUCCCAGUAUUGAUGAAAGCUCCAGAGAAAGCCGAUCCGACCUCACACGGUUGCUGGUGCAGCCCAUCUCCGCGUCUCUUGCUGCCGAACUCUUUGCUUUGCCCAAGGAGAGGUAUCAGACUGAUACAUGCAGACCUCUGCAGCUCUCACAUGAUGAAAUCAGAAUCGUCACAAUGAAAGUUCAGACAGUCACUGAAUAUAAGACGCUCACCAAUGUUGUUGCUUAUCUCAAAGGAGCUUCAUUUCCUGACCGGUAUAUCAUUGUGGGUAGCCACCAUCACAGCCCUUAUGGUUACAGUGGACAAGAAUGGGCCAGUGGAACUGCCAUCAUUACAGCGUUUAUCCAGGCCUUGAUGUUAAAAGUGAAAAGAGGCUGGCGACCCGAUCGGACAAUUAUCCUUUGCUCAUGGGGAGGAACAACAUUUGGCAACAUUGGCUCCUACGAAUGGGCAGAGGAUUUCAAGAAAGUGCUUCAGAAAAAUGUUGUGGCUUACGUCAGCCUUCAUAACCCUAUAAAGGGUAACUCAAGCCUGCAUCCUAUAGCAUCUCCUUCUCUUCAACAACUUGUAGCAGAGAAAAAGGAUUUUAACUGCUCCUGGAAAACAAAGUGCCCAGAAGGCAACCUCAGUUCUGUGCAGAUGCAAGGAGAUGGAGAUUUCUUCAUCAACCACCUCGGAACUCCCAGCCUGCAGGUUGUCUACGAGGACCUCAAAGCAUUAGAGGGUCCAAGCUUUCUCUCCGAGGCCCUUUUUCCUGUACUGGCUGCAGAAAUUGAAGAAUUGGAUCCUUUCUUCAACCUUCAUGAAACUGUUGCAAAGCUCUCAGGAGAAGUGAUUUUACAAAUUGCCAAUGAUCCAGUUCUGCCCUUUAAUGCUCUGGAUAUAGCAUUAGAAGUUCAAAACAGCCUUAAAGGUGACCAGCCCCACAUGUUCCAGCUGCUGGAGAUGGCUUCUCGCCUGAGGGACAGUGCAGAAUUGUUCCAGUCAGAUGAAAUGCGACCUGCUAACGAUCCCAAAGAGAGAGCCCCCAUCCGAGUCAGGAUGCUGAAUGAUAUUCUCCAAGACCUGGAGAAGAAUUUCUUAGUACAGCAGGUGCCUCCAGGUUUUUACCGAAACAUUCUGUACAGGCUGGAUGAGAAGACCCACCAGUUUUCCAUACUCCAUGAAGCUUGGGAACAUGAAAAGUUACAUCUGUCAAAUGAGACCCUUCAAGCAGCCCUGUCCAAGGUGCUGAACAGCAUCAAUUCAGCUCAGGUUUACUUAAAAGCGGGACUUGAUGUGUUUGAGAGUGGCUUGUUGGGAAAGAACUGAGAAAAUUCUCAUCAUUAAAAAAAAAAAAAGUUUGUUUACAAUUCAACAAGCAAAAUCUCUAUUCUGACCAGGAUUUCUGUGAGGUUGAAGGCUUUUUUUCAAUAGGUUUUCAACUGUUGUCUAAAUGUACUAUUACGUGUUUGAAACUGUACAUGAAAAAGAGCCUUUUGCACAUUUAAUAUUUUUCAUACAUCUACAUUUUGAAAUGUGUAAGAGCAAGUUACAGGAUUCACCCUUAAGAUUUAUCUUUUAGAAAGAAAUCUGCUGUAUUUUUAUAUAUGUAUUGAAAAAAUACUAUGUUUUGGCGAAUGAGGCCCAAAAAGUUCUGGACAAUCUUUGCUCCUGUGGAUGAAACACAUAGGAAUGUUAUUUAUCUCCUAUAUGUAAGCACUAUUAAUGACCCAGUUUCUAAAAUAGAAAUGGAGAAUUGAUAAAGUUGCAGUUUAAUUUCAAUGGUAAGUGUUUUUUAUGAAGAAUUCAGCUGUUUUGACUGAGUGACCAGUUGACCAAAAACUCCUUUGAAUGUUUCUGUUUGUGAAAUGAAGUGCCUGAUCUUAACACAACUAGAUGUAGUAAUACACUGGUUACAAAACUGUAGUUUUCAAAUGUUACCAAUCAAAGAGCCACAAACAGUCCAGGGAAACUCGAGGUAUAUCUGUACAGAACAAUUUAAAUGCAAAUUUUCUCUACUAAGGUAUGUAGUGACUAGCUUUGAACCUCCUCAUUUGUCUCAGUUGAGUUUGUAAGAAUGUAAGGAAAGGUACAAAUUGCUGAGACAGAAGGACAUAUGGGGAUCCUGGAUGGAAGCACUGUAACCUUAGAACAGGGCUCCCUUAAAAUGGACUGAUCACUCCAUGCUCUUCUUUUUUGUAGCUUUAGCAACCUUGUUGUGAGGCAUUUUCUCCAAGAACAAGUCAGAAGCAUAUUUAUAGAAAUGAAAACCACAAAAUAUAAAAAAAAAACCAUAAAUAUUUUAGAAAGAAGAAAGUUACUCUCUCCCUCACUGAAGAAAAGCAGAUCUUUGAGAAUGAACAUGGUUGUUCUGACCCAGUGGAAAUUUUAUUAAUGUUUAAUGAAGAAAAUCUUGGUAGUGGCUCCUCCAACCCCAUCUGACCUCCUUAAUGGUAGUGUUAGGUGCUGGUGAUUCCAAACAUGACUCUGGACAGGAGAAUGUAAUUUAGGGUACAGUGCUUCUGGUACUAGUUCAGUAAGGAAAAUUGAUUAGUUUUAUAGUUGGGGUUUAUCUUCCCUCUCACAGCCCCUCCCAUCCUUUUAGAGCAACUUCCACUUUGAACUAUUAUAGGAAAAGCAAUUUUAUAGACUGAACUGGCUAUAGAUGAGCAUAACAUCUCUUAAAUCUACUGUCCUCCAUAAUCCUUAUCAGGUAACAUUUUAAACCUCUACCAUAUUCUCUAAGUCCAUUUGAAAAUUGUAUUUCUGGUAUCAGAUAAACUGAUUCCAUUUGAAAAUCCUAUUUUCAGUCUAUUUCAUGUCAAUUUCUUAUGCCUAAUGAAACACCCUUGUUUCACAUGUCACUUUAUAUCAGAUAUCCAAGUCUCAGAUUUUCUAGUCUAGCAUUUGGUUGAGGUCAUGUUCUUGGAAGCCUAUAGAUUUUGAUUUUCUAGUCUUCAGUUUGAUUUUUCCAUUAUUUUUAGAUUAAAAAAAACACUUCACCAGGAGAUAAAGCUUAGUCUCAACCACAAUCAAAAGUGUAAAUAAAGGUUAAUCAGUAUCAAUUGGUUGAAUGAUAUGGAUCAAGAUGUCAUUUUCAUAAGCAGUCUUUAUAUCAUAGAAAAAAACAAAUUUCAACAAACAUUUAUUAAAAAGUCUACUAUGUGCAAAGAUACUUGAAAUGCAGACAAAAAUGGAAUAGCCUGUCUUUAAGAAGUUUAGAAUCUAGUGGGGAAAUACAGAAUUUGAGGCAAUUAGCUGAAUAAUUCAGUCCUGAAAAGGCAAUUGCAAUGGGAAUUAUUCCAGUGGAUCCACUUUAUUUUAAGAAUCACUUCCUCCCUGCAAAAGGUUUUCUAAAAGUGCUCCUUUUAAAAUAUUUGUUUCCAUCAUAUUGGAGGAGUUUUCCAUAGGGAAGACCUGGAGGCUUGCCAAGUCAGGUUCCCUCCUUAUAUUAUCUUCAGUUUCUUCUCUUGUUCUUCCAAGAUAAACAUUACAGCACAAGGGGAGACACAAGCUCAGGACACCUGGGGCCAAACAGCAUAGAACACUUUGGAAACACUCUCUUUGUGCAGGUAUUUCUUAAAUAUUUAAUUGGGUUUUAGGGCAAACCUUCCUAGGCUUUCUAGGCUCGUUUGUUUUGUUUUCAUUUUGAAAAUCUCUCCCGCUCUGGACUCAUCUCUAAAUAAAUGUGUUAUUCCUUUAAAGCAUCUCCAGUAGAAAAACAUCUGCUUUUUGAAAAUAAGGGUCACCUACUCCUCCAAAUCAAAUAGGACAUAGACAGAAUAACCUAAAGAUAACCUAUAUUAUCCUUCAAAAUUUUUAUGGUGUUCAGUAUUUGAAUGUAGGCUAUUAAUUAUGAAUGAAGAGCAUGAUUUUUAUUGGUCCAUUUAAGAGAAUUCAUGAAGAAACUUAACUGUGAUUAAGCCAGACGCCAAACUGUUAUAUGAAAUCUACAAUAGAUCUUUCAUUAAGUAUAGCAAAACUGCAGCAGUGCUAUUGCCACACCAGGCUCAGGGAUCUACCAAUUUGAUUUUAUUUGAUCUUCUGUGUGUGUGUGUGUGUGUGUGUACAUGUGUGUGUGCGUGUGUGUGUGCACGUGCAUGUAUGUGUAUUCUACAGAAACAAAAGUACUAAUAACUUGGACACAUUAAGAAAAUAACAGGAAUUGAGUUUUCUCCAUUGACUGGGAAUGACUCUAAUGGCUUCUCAAAUAUGGAGUUCUUCUCUUCCCCUUAGCUCUGAUACAGGCUGGGCUCCAAGUACAACUCCACCAAUUCAGGCAAACAAAGAUAUUACAAAAUGACAGAGCUGUAAGAUGAUUUUCCCUAGGAUUUUGUAAGGUAGGCUUCCCAAGUUUCUAUAGUCAUCAAUUCUGGAUCUACAAUGAAUUGCAAUAGUCUCUGCUCCAAUCCCCUUUCUUUUAAGUAAGAUGUAAUCCUAUUUUUACGAAUAGGACAACUGAGGCCAGAGAGAUGGAUUUGUUCAGUCAUAAACUUAGUUGUGAAAUCUAGAAUUCAGAUCACCUGCUUCUCAUGCUACUCUACCUCCCAGAGGAGCAAAAGAUAUCCCUCUCAUAGAGUUCUUUACCUUUGUGUAUUCAGCCAUUCCACAACUGUGGAACACAGCUGGGCUGCUGCUUCAGAUGGUGGCAAGCUCUUUGUCUGUCUUUAGCCAGGCACUAACACAGCUACCUCCAGAUAAUUCAGAUGAGGGCCAUGUAAAAGAUGUAUGCUAAAAAAGGGCACAUUACUACUGCCUUACCAACUGGGAAGGGAAAAAUUGAGCUAAGAACUUUCAUGUUAGAGCAAGUUGGCUCAAUAUUAUCACAACCAUCUAAAUUACUUUUGCUUCACAUCCUUAUGCAUGUAUUAUUUAGUGACUGGGGAAGAGAAUUACACUGCUAGAAUAUCAAACAGCACUCAAGGCUUUGGGGCUGACAUGUUCUCAGUGGCAACAUGUUGUUUUGAAAAGAAUAAUGGGCGUAGUUAGUCAAGGACUAUCUUUAGUCCAACCUUUCCGACAUGGUCACUUCCUAAGGUGAUUGAAAAGCAAAGAAAAGAGGCAGCUCCCAUGUUCCUGGCACUUGAUUAGUAACAGAUAGAUAAUGAAUUCUCAGCUUCAUCCUACACACACACACACACACACACACACACACACACACACAGCAAUUCACAGAUGCAAAUGCAAGCAAAUAGUUCUUCCUCUAACAGCUCAGUGCCACAAAUUUACAAAGAAUAGGAUGAAUAAGAUGAAAUAAGCAGUCACAAAACAUUCCCCACACAAUGCUGAUUGACCCUCAGACCCCUGAGUAUGAUGACCUUAAAGUUUCUAAUGCAAUCUCAGGAAAGAGGUUCCCAACCCUAGUUUGUAAUGCCAAUACUCACAUGCUCCUGCAGAUCUAUAUUCUCCUUCAUCUGGGACUUCCUUUUAAUGAUGUAGAUCACAACCCACCCAUGCCUAGCCAUCCUCUGCAGCUCUGGUUCAUGCCUUCCCAUUAGUUCACCACUGGCAGUCCACUCAAUGUGCCAAAGGCUUUUGUCCUUUUGCAAAGAUACCAAGGCAGGGUGGGGCAAGGACAAGAACAGUCCAUCAUUUAUCACCUGUUCUUAUUGUGUGACCAGUCUAUCUUCUUUUUUGUUCAUACAUUUUUGAUGGUAUCUCUUAUUCCAGUUCUCCAUAGUUCCCUGUUUGUGAUAACCCACAUGUGCCUUUCCAUUGUCCCUUGAAUGAUACUCAUUUUCAUUUCUCCAGAGUCCAUAGUGUUCCGUGACUCUUAGAACUAUGAAAUGCAUAGUUUUUGCAGCAUUCUAGUUUUUCAGAGUCCUAGCACAAACAUUUUUAUCCCCUUUAAUGUCUGAAAUAGGUUUAUGUCCAUGUUGUUGUUGUUAUUGUCGUUGUUGUUUAAGAAGGGAAUCUUUUACACUGACCAUUUAGUUGGAGGAUAGGCCUGGAGGGCCAAAGAAUGGAUUUAACCCCAUCACAAUUGCUAUUCAGAGCAGACUGUAACCAAACCAACAGUGACUGUGUUCAAUUCAUCUUCUUUAGCAAAAACCAAUGAAGAAAUUAUUUGCAAUAAAAAAGGUGUCUUCAAAUAAGAUCCUUUAGAUCCAAUCCAAAAAUUUUUGCCUAAAAUUCCAUUUUACCUUGAGUUAAUUACUUUAGAGAUUAAAAUUCUGCCCCAUGGUACAAUAUUAUAUUCUGGAUUGCCACAGCAUAAUUCUUAUUCCUGAGCUUUGAGAUCUACAAUAUCAUCAAGGUGGGGUGAAAUCAUCCACCUCUGAUCCAUUGAUGCAUGCCAAAGGCCUUGCAUUAAUAGGCAGCCCUCAUGAGUUGUGAUUGAAAACAAAAUUAGCAUCUGGUGCCCAGCUCUCUGGAGAGAAGGAAGCACUGCCCUUACUUAGCUAGGUUGGGACUUAGAUGACAGAAAGGUCAGAACUUGAAGCCCUACCAGUGUGGUAACGCCAUCCAGAGCUUCUGUUCCAAGGGCAUUAUCUUUAAGAAUGCAGGGUCACCUCCAUGCCACCAUUAGACACUGGACCAGGGUUUUAUAGUAGGCAUCAAUAUAAAAAUAUGGUCUAUUUAAAAAUGCUUCAAUCACACUUUCAACUAAUAUGAAGAAAUAGAUUUAAAAUCACUAUCACUUGAAAUACAGUAAAAGAGAUAAAAACUUUACUUUGGCUAUGAUCUGAAAUUAUAGAAUAUCAGAGUUGAAAGGUACCUCAAAAAUCAUGCAAGUCCAAUACAUACCUGUAACCUGAAAUUCCUUCUACAGCUUCUCUGAUAAGUGUUUAUUCAUCCUUAGCUAGAAUACUUUCUGGGAUAGGGAAUUCACUACCUACCAAGGGAGGUCAUUCCAUAUUUAGGCAACUCUGAUUUUUUUAGGAAGUUUAAGCAAUCAGUCAAGCAUGUAUUUGCAGGCCUGGUGAUCUUUCUGCUAUAGAUCACCUGGAAACAAAACAAAACAAAAAAGAAAAAAAAGACUGGAUUUUAAGUCAGAAGACCUGCCUCUGUUGCUUACUACGUGAGACCUCACAAACUCACUUAAUUUCUGUGUCCCUCGGUUUCAUUUUCUGUAAAAUAGAAAGUUGGACAGGAGCUCUCUUCAGUCCCAUCUAACUCUAAAUCUGUAAUCUUAUGAUCCUGUGAACUUUGUUUCAUCACAUCAUAGGCACAUAGAGAAGGAAAACUGAAGCAACUAAUGGGGAGAACAAACAGCUAGCCAGCUGUAAAAGUGAAUCUGUGUUUAUUGCAGUGAUCGAAAUUGCAAACUUUAGAAAAAGUUCAUCAGAAUCUAGUAUUCUGAAGGCUCGGGAAACCUUCACAGAGUUCUAAGCACCCCAUUAAGUACAAAUGCAUUUCAGUUGAGUAUUUUGUGGUGUGUAAUUGAGAAUUUCAAUUGGCAUGAAUUUGAAUGAAAAAUAGCAACAAAAGUACGGGAAAAGAAAAAUCAAGGCUUUUUCAGGCAUCCUUGGUCACCUUCAAGCACGCUCUUCCACUCUAUGACUUUUCUUUUGCUUCCCUCCCCCCCUCCCCAUGGUUUCUGUCAUGCAGCAAUAGGACUUACAAUUUUAUACAUGCAUAUAUAACAUACUUAUUUAAAUAUAUGUGUGUGUGCAUGCUAUUCACACAG